CAGCGACAGCAGCCAGCAGCUCUGGAGGAUCAACGGGGACAGCAACAGCUUCUCCACCACUUACAAGUUCUUUCAUGUCCCCCAUGCCUCCCUUUAUGCCAUUAAUGCCCCCUAUGUUUUUACCAUUUGGAUUUCCUCCACCACCGAUACCUACAACAGGCCUUAGUGAGGACGAGCUUCGAGUCAUGGAAGGAAUUGAGAGGUCCAACAUAGAGGCUCGCAUUCAGUGGUUGAGAGACAUUCAAGCCCUGUUAGAUGGAGCUAUGGUGCUUAUUAAUCAAUACAACAAUGUCGCUAGUCAUAUAGGAGUAACAGGUGUUCAUACAGCAAGAGUACAGCCAGCUUAUCCAGCUUCAACCUCACAGGCUUCAGCUGAGCCAGUUCCGGGCAGUACAGACCAGCAGACGCAACAAACGUCAGCCAGCUGGUGGCCGGAGGGUUCUGGGGCACGUCCCAAGUACACAUCUACAGUGUCUCAACCAGAAACUACCGACUCUGUCAAGGAGAGGAAAAACAGCUGUAUUACAACAUCAGAUGCAGAAGAAGAUAAGCCAUUAGAAGGUGCUACGGGAAUCACAUUGCCAAAAGAAAUAUCCAUUCAUGAAUGGGAAAAUUCAAGAGAGGAUGAGCGUGAAGAUGAAAUGAAUGAAGUUCGCAAGCGCCGACUCCAGCAUUUCGCACAGCAGAAGGACAAUGGCUCCACCCAUGCAUCGGUUUCUCUCCCCAAUGGUGAUAAAGACAAUAACAAGCUGGAUAAGCAAGAGAAAUGUUAG